CAUAGUAGUUCCCGGUUACCUAGAAAAUCGUAGGACCAAUUCGGGCAAGCUAGCGAAAGAAAAUGACAAAAGUGAAAAGUAUCGUUCGUGAAUGAAUAAACGAUGUGAGGGUGGGUCAAUUGAAUGGUAAUUAAACGACGCGUCGAACGAUGACGAAGCCGGCCCACGAAAAAGAUAUACAAUGACGCACUUCGUUAGAGCCAUCGAAGGACGAGAAGAUAGGCUCAACGUAUCAACAUUCCCUUUAGAUUCACCGGCCGAUUCGAGCGAAAGGAACAAACCCAGCCCCUUCCUAUUAGGUUUGUAAUGAAAGGCAGGAUGCGACUGGGACCGGACGUGACAGUCCUAGAAUACGCAAACAGUUCCAGAAACGAAGGAAACCAACUAGCCGUUCGACGAUGAUGACUCCGACAUCCAAGACCGACGUCCAACACUCGUUAUCGAAAAGAUCUUUUUUUCUUCUUUUUUUCUUCUUUUUUUCUCAAGGAAAUGUUACAAUCAAAAGUAUUGCCCACCUAAUCUCACACACCUGAGAAAAUGCAUCUCCGAAAUAUUGAUCCGAUAUCAUUCUAACCGCAUGCCAUUCUACGGUGCGGAAUUUUCGCGUGACUGCUCUUGUGACUGCUUUCAAAGGUUUCUUCGAGCGUAAGAAAUCUAGCAUUUCUUAUGUGAAAUGUUAAACAUUUCGUAAAAAGCAAAUUUUAUUGAAAAUAGCCGAUAAAACGAGAAGAACGAGAAGAACGAGAAUUGUUUUUAACGAAAUAUAAAUACUAAUGAUAUGAUGCCUGAAAAGUGACGUGUAACUUUCUAUGAGAGCUUUGACACCCUAUGUGUAGGCGCAGUUGCAGUAAGUUAGAUAAUGUCCUCCUGUCAGAAGGUCUAUGAACUCCGCAAGCGCAUUUGCUUCGUAUUGCAGUAAUGUGCGCGGUACUAUGUUUAAAGUAUCGCAAUGAUACGAUACUUAUUGAUCAUGCUAGUUUAUCCAAUAAUUGGAUAUUUUUGGAAUUUUUGAUAUUACUUUUCAAUGUCUCUUUUGACACUUCCCUAACAGCUAAUAAAAGUUUUUGAAUGAAUUGUAAAACGGAUCAUUAUUGACAAGAGAGCUGGCGGUAGCUAGGAGAAGACACGCGUUUCUAUCUGUUCUUCGGAGCAUAUUCCUCUUUCUCGACACUAUUUUUCGAGAGAGAGAGAGAGAGAGAGAGAGAGAGAGAGAGAGAGAGAGAGAGAGAAAGAAGGAGAGACGAAAAGAGGGAGAGAAAGGACUCUUGGCGAUCAGCUCUCACCGGCAGUGCGUGGUGCACCCUCAUUGAUGACACUCCAUUCGGCGCAUGCUCGAACUUUCUUUCGAAUUUUCCUUCAAACUCUUCGUUUUCCGUUUGAAACGUUUACAAAUUUUCGGCUUAAUUCGAUCAUCAAAUGGAUAGGAAAGAUGAUAAGAAAGACGAUAGAAUCGUGAUUAUGCAAUCCGUAAAGAACGUUUGUUCGGAAUUUCGAGAUCACCUAAUCGAAAUGUGAAUUUUGUUAAAAUUUUGUAAGAAUUUUGUGACCGUGCGAGAGAAAUUGGUGUACGAGAUAAUAAAAAAAGAAAUAACAAAAGAAAUCAUUGUUUAUCGAAGAAAAUAUAUAAUUGAAAUUUGUUCGCAAAGAUGAAAGUCAACGAUGGAAAAAGAAUGAAUGCGGAAACGGUGAAAGUUGGUUGUUUUCAGAUGGUCCUUGUAUUAAUAUUUUGCAUAAAUUACAUCAUCGUGUCUAUGAAUCAUGCCUUACCGGCUUUUCAUAAUUACACACCGAAAUUUUAUUGUCAGCCAAGGAAUACAACGAGCAGAACUUAUGGCUGUCGAAUCGAAAAUAAUUGGACAAUCGAAUCCAACUGGAGCUCCUCCUGUUCCGGCGACGACUAUCGAUUCGCGAUCGAGCUCGGUGAGAACAGCGUCGUCACCGAAUGGAUCUUGAUAUGCGAAAGAAGAUAUCUGACGUAUCUAGGGUCAGCGAUCUAUUAUUUUGGUGCUUUGAUCGGUGCUUGGAUCGCUGGAAUUCUGGCUGAUCGGAUUGGAAGACUACCAGUUCAAGCAAUUUGUCUUUACACGCAAGGCACUAUGGCUGUUGCGCUUUACGUCGUACAGAACUAUCCUACAUUUUUGGCACUUCGUGGCUUCCAAGGUAUUUUCGUGCAAGGCCUACAAAACUCAACGUACAUCUUAUCCCUGGAAUUGUUCCCCAGUAAAUCGCGAACUCUCGUCGCUCUGAUCAUGCAAAUCGCUUGGGCUAUCGGCUUGAUACUCCUAGCGAUAUUAAGUUACGUUAUACCAGAUUGGAGAAUUCUGCAGCUGGCUGUUUCCGUACCCACAGCGAUAACAGUUCUAUAUAUCUGGAUAAUACCCGAGUCCCCGCGAUGGCUGUUGGCUAAAAAUAAAUUAACGGAAGCCGAUAUGGCGUUGGAAAGAAUCGCGAAAUAUAACGGGUGUUGCAUGAGAAUACACAGAGAGAACAUUAUUAAGCCUGAGCCCGUUGUUAAAGAAAAUCCGAUACCAGUGAAGCCGGAAAGGAAAUCACGCGUUUCGAGUGUCGACUUGAAGAAAUCCAAAACUCUUGAAGUAACGAUAAGACGGCAAGACGAAGUGACCAAAUUGCUGAGUUCACCGGAUUCGAAUCAGCAAAAAGACCAAUCCAGAAAUUCCAUCGACCAAACAUCCAAAAAACGACUUUCAUCGAUGAACGUCGAAUUACGAAGAGAAAAUGACGUAGAAAAUGAAAUAAAAAAUUCACCAUCUUGUUCGAGCAAUAAUCGAAAAUCCAAAAGAAGUUCUCAGUCCUUCUAUGAUCAAAAUACACCCUCGAGGAUCGACGAAGAAAUCGUCGUGCUUAGAAAUCCAAGAAAGCUUGAAGAAGCGAAUGAUAAUGAAAUCAAAAUAGACGACAAUGUCGAGGAAAAAUUGCAAAAAGUAAAAAACAAAAGCUUACAGAAGUUAUUUAAACGACCAUUAAUAAGGAAGUAUAGUCUUGUGAUGGCUUUCCAGUGGUUUUCAUCCUCUAUGGCGUGUUAUCUUUUAGCAUUGCUUCUGCCAACUUUUAACGUAAACAGACACGUAACUUUUGCAUUAGGAGGAGCUUUAGAAAUUGCUGCUUAUACGUUUAUAUAUUUCGUAUUGUCCAGAUAUGGAAGACGAAUACCAUUAAGCAUAUGUCAAUUUACAAAUGGCGCGAUAUUAAUUAUGUUGUCUAUUCUAAUUAUUAUGAUAGAUUCUUCUUUAGCCUGGAAAGAUCUCACGAAGACUAUAAUAUUGUUAUUUGGUAAAGUAACAGUAAUAAGCACUAUUGCUGUAACAUAUCUCUACGCUGCUGAACUAUUUCCAACUGUUUUAAGAGGAACCUGUUUAGGUUUAUGCACAGUUUUUGCUGAGAUUGGUUUUUUAAGUAUACCUCAUGCGUUAUCAUCAGAAGAAUAUGUGCCAAUUAGCAUGCCGUUAGCGAUCGUUGGUAUUCUGUGUUUUAUAUCGGGUAUACUAGCAAUCGUUUUGCCAGAAACAUUGAAUAAAAUUCUACCCGAUACGAUAGAAGAUAUUGAAGAAAUGUUCGUUAAAAAAACGGAUCAAAUAAACGACGAAGAAAUAGUUAACGAGAAUAAAGAUAUUGCAAAAGACGAUCUUAAGGAGAGAGAAAUACUAAGAGAGAAACUUUUUUCGGAGGAUUGGGUGGACGCCGGAAACGGUAUAUUAGUUAAUUUUUCCGAAAACAAAAAUGCAGAUUGUCCGCGCGAUUAGCCGAAAUGUUCUUUA